UGGUCCGGUGGCCUGCUCCAGGAGUCAUCCGCUCGCUCUGCUCCCCAAAAUGCCCACCCAGCUGGAGCUGGCUAUGGACACUAUGAUUCGCAUCUUCCACCGGUACUCUUGCAAGGAGGGGGACAGGUUCAAGCUCAACAAGGGGGAACUGAAGAUGCUGUUACAGCGAGAGCUCACGGAGUUCCUCACGUGCCAAAAGGAUCCCCAGUUGGUGGAUAAGAUAAUGCAGGACCUGGAUGCCAAUAAGGACAACGAAGUGGAUUUUAAUGAAUUUGUGGUCAUGGUGGCGGCUCUGACAGUCGCCUGCAAUGAUUACUUUGUAGAGCAACUGAAGAAGACAGGCAAAUAAAAAUGACUAGUGAGCUAAUGGAAGGCAGACAUAGAUCCAAGCUCUGUACCCACCGUGAGUCUGUAUCCUUUCCAUUGACAGACACAGUGAAAUGACACUGUGUUACACAUGCAUACUUACUAGCGUUAAGUUAUAUUCACCUUGACAUAGUGACGUCUCGCACAAAUAUUCCAGACCUCAUGCGGUCUUUACAAUUUACCUAUCUUACUAAAAACAUUAUGAUUUAUUCGUCAAAUGGAGAGCACUCACAAAUGUAGCCGCCUUUGAAAUGAGACUCAGAGUUGAUGGACUUCUAAGAUCUCAUUCUUAAAUCGUGUUUUGAGAUUUCUUCCGUACUGAAGAGUUUCCUAGGUUCUCCCCAUGGGCUCCUUAAAUGUGCUGCAAAC